AUGGCUUCUGAAGUACUGACUGAACCACCACUGGCGAACCCUGUCGCCGAGGAGGUGAACGACACCACUCAGCAAUCCAGACCGGCUUCCGCCUUGGAGAUUGAAGAGCCUCGUGAUGAUGAGGAGAACAUAGUCUAUCCCACUGGACCGAAGCUAUGGUCGACCAUGGCUUCAAUGGCCAUCGCGUGCUUUCUCAGUGGACUUGACCUCACCAUUGUCGCUGUUGCUGUCCCAAGCAUCACAGAUGAGUUUCAGACCAUCUCAGAUAUCGGAUGGUACUCAGCUGCAUACGGCAUGACCCUCAGCGCCUUCGUCUUCUUCUUCGGCCAAAUCUACACCCUCUUCUCCAUCAAAGCCGUCUUCCUAAUCGGCAUCGCCACAUUCGAGAUCGGCUCUCUAAUCUGCACUCUCGCACCAUCCUCCGCAAUCUUCAUCCUCGGCCGUGCAGUCAGCGGUUUGGGCCGCGGUGCCAUCAACAGCGGCUUGUUCAAACUCCUCCGUCAAUGCUUUCCGCUGUCCAAACAAGCUAUGACCAAUAGUUUCUUUGGAUCGAUCCAGAGCGUUGGCCUCAUCACUGCGCCUACGAUUGGCGGUGCGCUCAUAGAUGCAUUUUCGUGGAGGGCUUGUUUUGGUGUUAAUUUGCCGCUGGGCGUUUUGUGUCUUGCCUUGACGGCUUAUGGAGUUCAUGAACAGCCUCCGCGUCAUGAUGCGCCUGUUCUUAGUCUGAAGGAUAAGGUUAAGAAGGUCGACUUCUUUGGCACGCUGUUGGCUGUACCAGCUAUUACCUUUCUUCUCAUGGCACUGCAAUGGGGAGGCACAAAGUUUGGUUGGGGAACUUGGCAGAUUAUUGUUCCUCUCGUUGUUUGCGCUCUUCUAUUCGUGGCAUUCGGCUACUUGCAGUAUCGUCAAGGUGACAACGCUCUAUUGCCGCCCAGGAUCUUGAAGCAGAGGAGUAUCAUUGCAGGAAUGUGGUACGGUGCGUGCUGCGAGGGAGUGUUGGCUGUGACCGAGUACUACAUGUCUAUAUACUUCCAAGGCGUACGUGGAUACUCACCUACAAAGGCAGGGUUGCUGGCUCUUCCCAUGGUUGGUGGUUUGGCAAUUGCAUUCAUUAUUUCUGGUGUUGGAACUACAUUGAUCGGAUACUAUUACCCAUUCAUGUUGGCCACGAGCGUCCUCACACCCAUUGCCUCUGGUCUUCUCACAACUCUCGAUCUCCAAGAACAAAUCGCCAAAGCCGUUGGCCUCCUCACCUUUCUCGGCUUGGCAGUCGGUCUCGGUCUUCAAGGUCCACAGUUAGCCUUGCAAGCUGUUCUCCCUAUUGAAGACGUAUCUCUUGGAGGUGCAGUCAUCACUUUCGGUGCGGGAAUGGGCUCUGCCUUGUGGAUCUGUGCCUCCGCAACAUUAUUCCAAGACCGCUUGUCAAAAGAGAUCCAAUAUGCUGCACCCGGGACAAAUACUACACAUAUUCAAGAAGCGGGCUACGAGAACGCGGUAGUGCAGACGCUGUAUAUUCCCUUGGCAUUGGCCCUUCUCAGUAUGGCUGGCGCAGUAGCCAUGGAAAGAAAGCCUAUCAGGGCCGCGCCUGCGAGGGACGGUACAGCUCCUCCCACCACUCUCGUCGAGCGAGCUAUCGCCAAGCGAUCAGGAACCAUCAAAUCGGCGUGCUGGGAAUGUCGGAAGCGAAAGGCAAAGUGCAAUGGAGAAAAGCCGGUUUGCGCCAACUGCUCGAAAUACGACCGACAAUGCGUAUACGACUCCGAUAUAAAAGAAUCGCGGGUCAGGGGUUUACAAGAGGCCAAUAAAAAGCUUGAAGAUGAGCUGGAAGCUGCGAAGCUUUUAUUGAGGCAAAUGGCCAAUGGCUCUGCUGAAUUGAGAGGUGCCGUGUCCGAGUUGCUAGAGGAAGAGAAACAACCGUCCGAGAUAACCGAGUUGCUGAAAAGCGACAGAACAACAAAUCCUGAGAUGGAGGUGGUGGAUGAUAGUCGACUAUCGAGCACAUUGAACCAACCAAUACUAGGGCAUGUUGCCAAUGGUACUUCGCAUUCCUUUCCAGUUGACCACUCCAAGUCCUUCAGUGCAAACAGCUCGAGUACGAUGCGAGAAGAGUCUUCGCCAGAGAGUGACUCGUUCAUUGCUAUGGAAUCAGCAGCAGUGAAUUCUUACACAGCAAACGCUUCCGUAAUCUCUACGCCAGAUUAUACAUCUACCGAGAUGCCCAUCGAUUAUACCCAACCAAACACUCCAGCCUGUAUUUACAACUGCGAAAGCGUUCCGUUCUACCCGCCACAGCUUCCUCACUCCCAGUCAUCCAUCCCCUCGACGAGCUAUCCUCCUCCGGGCGAUUUACCUACUGUGAUUCACCAACACGAUAACGAAAGAACAGUCGCACAUCAGACAGAACGCGCGAGUCUAUUCUUCCAGCCGCUGUUUAACCAUAAUGAUUAUUAUCUCUCAACAUCGAUAACCACGCCCGUGCCGCAAGAAACACGGGACAUAGACUCUGCGACCUUGAGCGUCGCCAACGAACAUUCAGAGAGCAUACAGGCCAAUUUCACAUCCAAACUGAAUACACUAUCAGAACAGAAGCUGAACGAGUCAGCGAUCAGAAUGUACCCGAAUUACGAAAACAACUUUGGAAACCUUGCACUUUCGAAUAGUAUCAGAGCCAACGGAUAUCCUCGCCAUAUACAAGACGCGCAAAUACGCAACAUCUUCGUACCGAACUGGGCUGCUACAACACUCAACACUGAGCUGGAUCCGGGGGACAUGAGCAAUGCAUUUGGCGAUAUAUACCAAAAAGCCACAAGCCUUCUCAGGGAAGGUGAGCCGGCCAACCGCAUAAUUGGACACCACCCAAACAUCGCAGCAUUGUACGAUCAGGAUCAGUUUGACAGGUCAUGUUUGUUGUCGCAAUGGGCUGCUCGCAUGGUGCACAGCGUGAAAUGUCAGGGAUAUGAUUUUACCUGCUUUGCAUCCAUGAAUGUUUUCUGGUACAUGAUGCGAUGGAUGAUCGACCCAUCACCAGAAACAUACGCUGCGAUGCCAGAAUGGAUAAGACCGACUACAAAUCAGCUGUUCACGCCUCACAUCAGCAUGGCCGACUUUGUCCUCUGGCCUGCGUUUCGCGAUCUCGUGGUGCAGUUCCCGCAGCUUCAAGAGCGCAUGGCGUGGUUGGCUGAUAUGUCGAUGUAUAUCCGGUGCGAGUGGCCGUAUGCGCUUGAAGAUGCGUUAAAGCCAGAUCCGGUUAAUGGAACCGUUGAUCUUGUGGAUUUGGCCAAGGUACGGUCUUCCUCCGGGCAGGUUAAAGAUGCUGACUGA